AUGGCCUCUAUCAUCCUUUCUCGGCCCUUUGUUCUGUUGUUUGCACUGGUUUGCGCGGCGAUGCUUCUCUCCAGGCAGCCACACUUCGACUGCUCGCACACACAUCGCAUUACUGAUGCAGAUAUCAGAGCGACCCAAACACUCCCAAGGCUCAACUUCUCGAAAUCGCAUCACGAGUUCUAUGCUUCAGAGGCUGCUCGAUCUUUAUGCGCCGCGCACGGUUACUCCAUCUUCAAGCCCGAGGCGGAUGCUGUCAACGGCCGUCGCAAGAUAUACGACCUUUUUAUGGUCAACACUGAGCUGGACUUUCUCGAGAUCCGAUUGAGGACCUUGUAUGAUUAUGUCGACUACUUUGUCAUCGUCGAGGCACCCCUUACAUUUCAGGGAGGCCCAAAGAAUCUUACCAUUCGUGAUGACUGGAAGCGAUUCGAAGCAUAUCAUGACAAGAUGAUAUACCACCAGCUGGAAUACCCAAAAGAUUUCAAGCCUUUGCGUCACUGGGAUCGCGAGGACUUGCAACGAAACGCCAUGUUCGAACAAGUCUUCCCAAAACUUACCGGCAAACAAAUCCCUGCCCAGGGCGACGUCAUUCUGGUCGCCGAUGUUGAUGAGGUUCCUCGCCCAGCAACAAUGCUGGUCCUUCGUACAUGUAACUUUCCACGUCGACUCACCUUGUCCUCCAAAUUCUACUACUACUCCUUCCAGUUUCUCCAUGACGGACCCGAAUGGCCAUUUCCACAAGCGACUUACUAUCAAGGCAUGCGCAAGACAAUACUGCCUGGGAAUCUGCGAACCGGCGAUGCAGGCAUUCCCCUGCUGCGUGAUUUGGAAAAGGGCGUAUUAUCGAAUGCGGGGUGGCAUUGCAGUUCUUGCUUUGCGACAGUGGACCAAUUUCUGAACAAGAUGUCCAGCUUCUCACAUGCGUGGAUGAACCGCGAAUCUUUUCGCGACAGAGAUCGCAUUGCCAGUGCCGUACGCCAAGGUGUUGACUUAUGGGGUUGCAAGAUCGACACUUUUACACGGGUCAAUAACAACAUUGACCUGCCUGAAUGCUUGCUCGAGGACCGGGGGCGAUUUCGAUACAUGGUAGAUCGAGAUGGCGAGACAGCUGGGUUCACGGACUACCCAUGA